AACGGUGACUGGAACCGCGAUCACGAUGCAGAUGCCAAUCCCGCCCGCACUCGCAAAAGACAACGCCUGAGUGAAGAGGCCGAGACUUCACCGCAAUCCAGCAACGCGAGCGUCGUCAUUGAGCUUCUGCCCAUCGAAGACGACGACGACGACGACGGCGACCACAUCGAUCGUGCCGUGAGGCUGCACGAUGAGAACAACAUGGCGCCUUUCAGCAGCACGCUCCUUCUGGACCCGGCCGAACCAGCCAUCCCGCCCAUCAGCCAGAUCAAAUUCGUGCUCAAUACUGUUGCCACCAGCUGGCUUCAGCCCCAGUACUUCGACAAUCUCAGUAAGUGGCUCUCCCAGCACGUUGCGACCACGCCGCCCGAUGGGCCUGGUGUACGUGAGAGAUAUCUCGAUGACCUCGACUUCUUUGGCCUGCUGGGCCUGCUCUGCUACAACAUAUGUCAGCGUGAACUCAAUCUGUUCGAUGAAAUUAGAGCCGACGAGUACGGCCUACCAGAGCUGGUUCUCAGCGUCGACGCCUUCAUGGGGGCAAUCUUUUCGCUUGCUGCCCGCCUGUUACAGUAUUUGCCCCACGUAGUCGACUCUGCUGUCGCGAGACGAGACUCGGCACAGACAGCGAGGACCCGCCAACCGAUACCAUUGCUCUCUUGGGUGCAGGUGCUCGCACAGCUGCUGGCUUUGCACAGAGCACGCCAGUUGACGACAUACUUUCGCGAUCCGCUGGGGUAUAAGCCAAAGACAGAGGCUAAGGCGUACCAACACCAAUGCAGUGAGGAUGCAUCGAUCAUUUCAGGCCUCACGCAUUUGCUGCAGAGUUUAAGCCAACAUCACCGGGAAGUGGAGAAUGCCUGGGAAGGCAUUGAUGCCGUCCUGCGCAUUGUCGAGGUACUCGAUCUGAAGGGAAGUAAAGAUGCUGAAAGCCUACUGGCAACGAUCCACACAUCUAUACUACCUGUCAUCUGCGAGAAGCACCCUCGAGCCCUGCCUGAUAACUUUCAUGGCAUGCUCGUGACCGUAGCACGUCGACUGCUGAGCGCUCUGACGCAAUCUGCAGACGCGCAAGGCCUCGCGCAUUUGAAUCAACAAUACAUUCAACGUGGUUUCGAUGCAUUCGAUUCGGAGCAUCAGCAAGACGACGACGACGUGACGGUGUUGCUGCAAAGCGUCGGUGAGCAUGACCGGGUCGAUCUGGAGGCGCUAAUCACAACUGCCUGGAGCUUGCAAGCGUACCGGUCGUAUAUCCACAGUGGGAUCAUGGAUGUGCAAGGUCAUGGUAUCAACUUUCUCGGAAGCCGCUUACUGGAGAUCUACAAAGAAUACAGAGUGGACCCUGAACACUUCAACCACCCUGUGGUGCAGCACGCUGCGCGGUUCCUUCGGAAGAAUGAGUUGACCAGGUACAUAUUUGGUCCAAAAUCGCACACCAGUCUGGUAAAGCAAAGCCAGAAUAUCAUCGGUUAUCUGGCGGCUACCCACGCCUAUACCAACUUAGAGACCGACAUCAUUUGGGAAUCGUGUACGAGCAGCGUGGAGGUCGAGUUCGCGAAAGCUGCUUUUGCAGUACUGGUGGAUGUAUCACGGUUCCUUGAACUCGACCAAUUGUUGCACCUGGCGAGAAAGUACACCACAACCGAACCAGCAAAGUUGGGUCAAGAUGCUGUGGACUCUUUGACAGACCUCUUUCAAAAGGUACAAAUGCAUGUUCACAACAACGGAGAAGCCCGUACGGACAAACACCGUCGUCUUGAUACAGCCUUCAUCAGCAUUGAGAUCAUGAUGCGGGCAGACGGCACACACCUGUCGCCUUCCUCAUUCCAGCUCAGAGAAUCAGCGAGGUUGGAACUGUUCCGCUUUGCUAAGGGCAAUUACGAGGCGCAGGAUCGCAAGCUGAUCUUGGAGCGAUGUGUGCCACACAUAGUGAAUCCUAGCAAGCACGCCACCACCAGCAUUGAAAUCGUAUCAAUGUUCCUGCAGGAAUGCGGGGGAGACGAGGAAGAGGCUGGUGCGCUUCUUGGCCUGCUACCAGUUGAGUCCGCGGUCUCAGAACUAGCUGGAUACGUUAAAGCACAACGUAAAGCUGGCGGCGAUCAGAGAAAUCUAGAUCUCAACAACGUGGCAGUGCGCAUCAGCCUCAUCAUCCAUCUCAUGGGAAUCGCCAAAAGCAAUCCGAGCGAUGGCUUGCUCAAAUCGUUCUUUGACUGUACUGUCGGUUCGCUCGCAAUCAAUAACGAGGCACGGGAACGCGCAUGGAUUACCGUGAGCAUCAUUGGGGGUCCUGACGGCAUACCUAUUGGGAAGCAGCUGCUUGGCCACUGGCUCAAGGUCGAAGUCGUGAAUCUUGCGCCUGAGCUCACGACUCCUAGAUUGCUAAUCCAUCUGGUUAAUCAGCUCGAACGCUGGGCUCGAAUCCCGGAAUCUGCGGAUUCGUACCCUCGAUUGUUGGACUUUGUGUUCUGGCGGAAAUUGGUGCAGAUUGCUGAGAGUCCCGCGUCGACGGCCGCAACUGCACAUGAUAUGAUCUGCCACAUGCUUUUCGUUACACCAAAAGAAUUCAGUGACAAGACUUCUACCGCAGAGUGUCACGUUCAAUUCAUGCAAUGCCAAAUCCGAAGCAUAUGCGACGAGUACAACAAGAUGUGCGACGACAACAAGGUUACAGUCGUCGCGGGCAAAGUGGGCCUACUUCAGUCUGUCCUCGAACGAAGUCAAGAGCACUCCAUGUCAUACAGGCUCGCGCAGACCCCAGAUAUUACUCUGGUCAAGGGGCCGAACGAGAAAACAAUAUGCUAUUCACUAGAAAUUCACGGAGCUGGACACAGCCAACCAUCGAUUGUCCGCGCGCACGCUGACGCUGCAACGAAAACGUCAGAGCUUGCUGCAAAACUACCUAGCAUCACAGGUGCUGCCGAUCAUCGUUUGAUCGUCGCUGGGAAAGAAAUCGUGCUGGAAGAGCGCGCAGACUCUCCGCUUUCGGACCUUGGUGUACAGGCCUCAGGUGUGAUCUCCAUUUGCCCCAGGCACAAUAUUCACAGCGAUCUCGGGAAAGUGUUAACAAUGCCAGGAGUCGUUGAGCGGCAGGUCUUGGAGCAUUACGACCAACUCGAAGCGCUCCUCGAUGCCCCAGACCCAAUCGCAGCGAAGAUGACUGAAAUCCUCGCGAGGGUACCAACGCCAUUGCAGGUCCGCGACAAGAUAUCUUCAGCUAAGUACUUGGCCUCUGACUUAUUCCCGCCCGGAGGAAUGUGGCGGAGUAUGUUCUACCUCGACGCACUUCACCAGCACCUGAAGGACCUCGCGCGACUGGGCGUGGCCGACGAAGCGUUUGUGCGUCAUGGUGUUACAGUUUUGAUUCAUGCUCUCAGUGAUGAUUCACGGCCUGGCCAGCAUGAUGUGUGCCUACGAGCCAUGCGCGUCCUGACUGCCUUCUUACAAGAGAAGCCGACAGUCAUGGAACCCACUUCACUGAUUGACAGCCCAGCUCAGUUCUGCUCAUGCCUUUUCCGCAUCAUCAACGAGGCGAUUUCCUUACCACCGGAGCAUACUGGCAUUCGGCACACCAUUACGAGAGACGCGUUUCUAUUGCUACAGGAAGCUUCAAGACGACAGCCUACGAUUUGGCACAGUUUUACGGAAGAUCCUGGCGUGGUGCAUUUACACACUCGAAUCCUGUUCGAUUCUGAUGUCGAAUUAUCCACUAGUGCUGCGGAAAUGAUCAAAGAGUUUUGCGUCGACCCGAGUACCUCAAGCGACAUUGUUGACUUCUACAUGAACACAACAUUGACAGUGUUGCCCGAAGCAUUGAGACAUAGCGGUCGUGCUAAACACUACUUCGAGCUUACCACGAAGCUUCUACUCAUCAAUUCAGUGCUUCGAACCGACGCGUCGAGAGCCAGGACCAUCACAGAUAGGCUGCUAUCAAUCUUUUGGAGCUAUGAUCAUAUAGAAACCGCAGACCUCCCGGUGCUCGACGUGGUCAUGGCAGGUCUAAUCGACUUGAUCAGCGAAUCAGUCAAAGUCCUCCGCAGUUUUAAGAAGCCCGUCGAAUUGUCGGGCCUGGCUGCCAAAUUGUUCGGCAAAUUCUUGUUCGACGUGGAGAACAAGUCCUCUCACCAGCUAUUUCACAAGCAGUCCCGGGGCGCAAUGUACGAACUCAUCAAAGCUGUAUGCGAUACAAAAGACGAUUUCAACGAGCUUCUGCAGGCCAUGUCGAAACCUCUACAAGCAGCAGGCGAUGACCCGAAUGAUAAAUACAUGGGCCAUAAGGAGCACCUACGUCCGCCCACGCAAUUCGCAGGACUAUUCAAUCUAGGACAGACCUGUUACAUGAACUCCUUGCUGCAACAGCUGUACGCGAACGUCCCGUUUCGACAAUUCAUUCUCAACACGCCUACAGACCCUGAACGGCAGAAGCUACUAUGGCAGGUCCAGAAUCUCUUCGCCAUGAUGCAAAACUCUGGGCGGCCCGCUGUAGAUACCACCGCUGUCGCCAGAGAGCUGAGUACCGAUGUCAACUCGCAGGAAGAUGUGCACUCAUUCUACGCGGAGCUUUUGAGCAGAUUAGAGAACGAGUUGCCUGCAGAAGCAAGGACUGCCUUUCAGAAUUUCUACACUGGCAGAUUGAUAACACAGGUGAAAGGUGACUGUGGCCAUGUCUCGCCGAAGACGGAGCCUUUCGUCGACUUGCCGAUUGUUGUCAAAAACAAGAACAACCUUGCGGAGACCUUGGAUGAGCUUGUGCAAGGAGAGCCUAUGCAAGGCACCAACCAGUACAAAUGCCAAGCUUGCGACCCCGAUGGCGAGGGCAAGCUAGUCGAUGCCAUGAGGAGAAGUUGUCCUGAUGUGACCCCGGACAAUCUGACUUUCUGUCUCAAGCGCUUCGAAUAUGACGCCUUCCAGAACGCCGAUGCCACAAAGGUCAAUGAUAGGUUCGAAUUUCCAGAAACUAUCGACAUGUCCAGAUAUCAUCAUACGUACUUGGACCAUCCGGAUGCAGACAUCGACCGAGACAUAUUCGAGCUUGUGGGAGUCAUUGUGCACAUGGGCACAAUGGGCUACGGACACUACUGGUCAUACACCCUUUUGCGCGACGUCUCAGUCCCCGAGACAAAUACGUGUAGUUGGGUGCGAUUGGAGGAUCGAAACGUCACCACAUGUCAAGCUGGCUUCGCGCAGGUUCAACACGAUUGCUUUGGUGGCCUCAAAUUUGGCAAUGGGCAGGACCGUACCGACAAUGCAUACGUACUAUUCUAUCAACGAAAAUCGGCAGGAGAGGCGCAUUCGAUCACUCCAGCCUCGUCAAUGGUGUACGAACCAGAAACGCAAGCCUUACUACCGCCGAGAGUGCCCAUGCCUAAAGAUAUGGCAGAUGACAUUCGAAAGGAAAAUGAAUGGCUCCAUCGUGUGGCGCAUCUAUUCGACGAUGAUUUGUGCGGAUUGCUCGAAUGGGUACUGGCUCAGUGCAAACGUCUAGGCUACAUCACGCAUACUCCUACCGCAGAUAGUCUGGAUCUUCCUGCCGACGUCAGCUCGGACAACGAAAAAGAGGAAGCUGCAGACGAAGAAGUGGUAGAGCGCCGAGACUCAGAUGGAGCGCACAAUGACGAGUUUGCAAUACUGCUCAGUAGAGUUGCGACUACAUUCAUUCAGCGCAUCGCUCCAUGCGACCCUAUGCCUCUGAAGAAGCUCAGAAUGAUUACCAAUGGACUGGUUGCUCUGUUCGCGGAUCAGCCGAAGCUUGCCAGCUGUGUGCUCCGCGACUUCACCUCAACAAACUGGUUUCGGUUGAUUAUUGGGCACAACAAUGAACGCGUGAGGGACACGAUUGAAAUUUUCGUGUGGCACUGUUUAGGUGUUGCACGCGAGCAUGACCCUGCUGCAUAUGGCGAAGUCAUGGGCCAAUUUAGAUUACUCCAUGCCUCUUAUCUGGGCAUGCCGACCCGGAUUGCGGAUCUGGAUUGGAAUGCCUAUCUUUCGUUCGCAUCCUAUAUGGCUUCACUCAGUCCUGCAGACACUGCGGCUGUACUCGAUCAAGGCUACUGGAGUUGGGUCUUCGAGAUGCUUGAUCUGCCCUGGGACCAAGCCACACAAGACAAGUACCCAGGCCUUGUUGACAAGCUGUCUGUAAACCCUCGGAAGAUGUCAGCCCUUUACGAGUUUGUCAUCGAGCUGCUGGAGCAUCAUCUUGCCCUUCCAGCCCAGGACGUGUUCAGCCCGGAGAAUGGCUUACACGUGAUUAUCGGUGGCAAUGCUCUUCUGAAGAAGUCUGAAUUCAUCCUGUUUGGUCGCAAAGCAUACGUAGACGGCGUUUUCUCAUGGAUACGCACGGCGCGAUUUGCAGACUCCAAUGGAGGGAACUGGAGAGAUUUCGCGCCUGGCAAGCUUCUGGGGAUUUUGAUCAGCAGAUCUGGGUUGUCCUCGUCGCUACAGAUCAUCCUACUCCAGCACAUCAAUGCUGAGGAGGAACAGUUUGGCUCGGUCUUGAAUUUGGCACUACAUUUUUGUCUUGCUGUGGAGUCAGAAGAGAGGGCUGUUGCAAUAUUCACGGCAGUGACAAGGAUUGCGCCUAGCUGGGAAGGCUGUGAAGGCGAGCUUGUACAAAUCAUUCCCUCUGCAUUCGAGGCAAUGCCACGCGUUGUCCUGAUCACUCUGGAGUCCUGGGCCCUCCACUUCUUGCUGCUCAAGGCGAGGAUGGUGCGAAGGCCGAUGGCAGAGUUUGUGAAGAAGUGUGUCUUUGGUGCGGAUGCGGACCUUACAGAACCAGACCUGGUCGCGGUACGCGCGAGACUUGCUGCUAAGCUCACUCGCGAUGGUGCAUCGGUGCUUCGUCGUGCAUUCCAUGAGGAGCAGCCGAGAAACAGAUACGAGAGCCUGAUCGAGGUAUACCAAUUGGUGAUUCCGUACUUGGAAAGCUUGCGCCAGAGGGUAGGUGAGCAGUUACAAGCCUUUGGUGGAGGCAAUGUCACCCAGGAGCUUCGAGUGGAGUACGACAGGGCUCAACAGACGCUGGGCGCCCUCGAGAAUCUGGGCGCUAUGGUGGGCGCGUGGGGAGCUGACACAACCGUAUCACAUUAUUUGCCCGCGGAUGUGGUGCGCUCCACGGAGGACGAAUCAGAAGAUUAUGAGAGUGAAGACGUGGACGCAGAGUGGGACAGUAGCAGCGAAUUCGCCUAGCAGGCGUCUAGGUUCGCAUCGUGGUCUACGAGGGAGAAGGCCGCACACAGGGUGCGAUAUCGUGGUCUCAGCCUCUUUGCUCGGACGCGGGCUUCCUUGGCGAGGAAGUGAAAUGUCCCCCUUGUAUUCUUGUUACCAGGCUAGACCAGCGGCUUGGGGUAAUUGUUGCAGUGAUAUGAGAUAUGAGACAUGACUGAUGAGUGUUAUGGGC